AAUAGCAUCAAAGGAUCAUCUAUAAAUACUGCAGAACUGUUUAAGCUUUGCAUAUAUUGAGGAAAGCCAAUUGUGUUCCCUUCAAAUUUGGUGAAUUUACCAAAAGUAAAAUCAAGACACUAAUUGCCAUAAUCUAUAUUGUUUGGAUGCAACUGUCAAAAAUCAGUAUCUUCCUUCUGGAGAGCACGAUGCUUCACCAAAGUCAACAAUGGUUUAAGGGCAGAAAAGAGAGGAAGAAAAUAAUUGACUCUUGGGACAGACUGACUAAGCAGUUAACAGAACUUUAGACCUACUUAUCUCUCAUACUUUACGGGAACAGCUGAAAAGAAUGGAAAACGAGGAGCCAUUGACUAAAAGGGAUCUUCAUUUAGAAUCUCAAAUACGGAUUGAACGGACAGUAAAAGCAAAAUCUGACGUGAAGAAAACAAUUGCAAAGAAGUUGCAAAAAGGUUGCUCAUGUUCAUCGGAUAAACUUAAAAACCUAAUAACUGGUUUCUUCCCUGUUCUCUACUGGCUCCCAAGAUACAAGCUAAAAGAAUGGAUUUUAGGUGAUACCAUUUCUGGUAUCCUUGUUGCUGUUGUCAUAGUUCCUCAGGCAAUAGCAUAUGCAUUACUCGCUGGCUUAGAAACCAGCGCUAGUUUGUAUACAUCCUUUUUCUCCUGCAUUAUUUAUUUUUUGAUGGGUACCUCACGCCAUAUUUCAGUCGGCAUUUUCAGCUUAAUAUGCCUCAUUGUGGGGCAGGUGGUGGAUCGGGAGCUUCUUUUGGCUGGAUUCGAAGUCGAUGAGGACAGCAAAGUGAUGCCAUUAGGAAUGAGCAAUGCAAACAACUGGAACAUCACUAAUGACAAUGCAUCCAUGAAAAUGAAUGUCACCCUUCCUGGAUUGCUGAGCUUUGAAUGCGAUAAAAAAUGUUAUGCUGUCAGUGUUUCGGCUGCUCUAACAUUUAUGUGUGGCAUUUAUCAGUUACUGAUGGCAAUUUUCCACCUUGGAUUUGUAUCCAAGUAUCUAUCUGAGCCCUUGCUUGAUGGAUUUGCAACUGGUGCCUCAAUUACCAUCGUAACAAUGCAAGUCAAGUAUCUCAUUGGAGUAAAACUACCACGUAGCCAUGGACCUGGUAGCGUUGUUGUAACUUGGAUAAACAUUUUUAAGAACAUUCAUAAAACCAAUCUCUGUGAUUUGAUAACAACAGCCAUUUGCAUGCCUUUGUUGAUUGCCUCCAAGGAAUUAGGAGAAAGAUACAAGAAUAAGCUUAAGUUUCCCUUCCCAAUGGAACUGACAAUUGUAGUCAUAGCUACAUUGAUAUCUCAUUUUGUAAAUCUAAAUGAAUUGUAUGGUUCAAGCAUCACUGGUCCAAUCCCCACUGGUUUCUUACCUCCUAAAGUUCCAAGUUUAUAUCUUUUACCAAGAGUUGCUAUUGACGCUAUAACACUUGCAAUUAUCAGUUUUGCCUUCACAAUCUCACUGGCUGAGUUGUUUGCAAAGAAGCAUGGAUACACAAUUCAUGCCAAUCAAGAGACUUACGCUCUUGGAUUCUGUAAUGUAAUACAAUCAUUUUUUCAUUCAUACGCUUCCAGUGCAACUUUGGUUAAAACACUUGUUAAAGAUUCCAGUGGGUGUCAGACUCAACUGUCUAGUCUUGUCAGUGCUGUGCUGGUAUUGAUGUUACUUCUUUUCUUAGCUCCUGUAUUCUAUUCUUUGCAGAAGUGUGUGCUGGCAAGCAUCAUUAUAGUCAGUCUAAGGGGCGCUCUCAUGAAAUUUCGUGACCUGCCAAAGUUAUGGAAAAUGAGCAAAAUUGACACUGUGGUCUGGUGGGUCACUAUGUUGUCUGUAGUUUUAAUAAGCACUGAACUAGGGCUUUUCACAGGGGUAACAUUUUCAAUUUUGUGCGUCAUUGUUCGCACCCAACUACCCAGGACAGCUUUGUUAGGUCGAAUGCAGGAUUCAACUCUGUAUGAAGAUCAGUCAGAGUAUAAUAAUCUCACAUCUGUUCCCCAAAUAAAAAUCUUUCGGUUUGAAGCUGCCCUGUACUAUGCCAAUAAAGAUUACUUCCUAGAUAGCCUAAUGAAGAAGGUUGGUCUGAAUCCUGCUUUGGAAAUUGCAAAACAGAAAAAGGCAGAAAGCAAACAAAAUGAAAAAAAGAAAGCAGGGAAAACAUUCAGUGGUAACAUCAACCAAGAACAAUCUAUUGUUAUCAAGGAAAUGAUUCCUAAAAAUUAUAAUUUUCACACAAUUAUUCUAGAUUGUUCCACCAUACAAUUCUUGGAUACUGUUGGUAUUAAUACAAUGAAGAUGGUUCUGCAGGAUUACAAUGAUAUAGGUAUCAGAAUCCUCCUGGCCAGAUGCAAUCCUUCAGUGAUUGAUUCUCUGAGUCGGGGAGAGUACUUUGGAGAAAACUGUAAGGAGAUGUACACUUUGCUUUUCUAUAGUGUGGAUGCAGCUGUUCAGUAUGCUGAAGCCCAAUGGUCUGCGUCAGGUAAUUCCACUCUCUAAGUACAUUCUGUUGCCAAGUAUUGACCAUGCACUAUGGAAACAGCAAAAUGUGUCCUUUUUAAAGGACUUGUUAUUCCAAGCUAUGGAUCACAAUAAAUUUUAAUCAGUUCUGAUGUUAUAUUCCACUGGAUAUGGCACAGAAAGCUAAUCUACCACAUUGUGGUCAAAUAGAUUGCAAAAAUCCUUAUUUUGAUUUGACUCUGAUUUAUAUGGGUGAUGAAAUUUUAUGACACAGUUAGUAUUCCUUGGUGAACAAGGGAGGAAAAAAGGAGGGGGCGUCUUUGGUGGAAUUAAUCUUUUACACAAAGAUGAAAGUAAUUACCUAAAGAAUAGGCAUGAGUAAAUACAUUCAUAAUGGAAGAAUAAAAUGUUACUUUUUAAACAUAAUUUAUCAGUAGUGACCACAUGAGUAAAGACCAUUGUUUGCCCUAUGUUAAAAUGUCUUAUGUUAAUAGUUCAAUUAGUUUAUGUGAACAGAGCAGAAUUAUUAAACUGCACACAAUUCUUUCAAAUUCUGUUGACACUGGCUUAAGGUGCCAAGCCAUACACUACUGUGUUCAAUGGAUAUAAUUAUUUUCCUGCUAUAAAAGUUUAGAUAGAAAUGUUCUCUCAAUAUCGUACAGAUAGGCACUGCUGAUAUUAAUCUGGUAUUGCUAAUUUAAAGCAUGGAACACUGAGGGCUUGCUCCUUUUACAGGAGAAAAGUCAUCACUUUGUAAGUCCAUUUGUGUGCCCUCACCACAAUGUCAACAACAAUGUCAUGAUUACAAUUGGGUCCAAGUUAUUUUUCUGCUUUUGUAGUAAAUUGAUAGUGGUUUGUCACAGUGUUAUCCAUAAAUUUUAUAAGCACUGAAUUAGGUGUUUUUUUUUUGCAAAGUAGCAUUUGUGGAUAUGUGCAUCAUAAUUCAAAAUCAAGUACUAGAAUAGCUUCAUCAGGAUUGGUGCUAAAGAAAAGAUACCUUUCCCCAAGCUCUUUGAACCAACUAUCUUACACUGUGCAUUAUGAAACAACAGUAUCUGGUAGAUUUAAUGAAAAUAUUUCUAAAAAUAUAUAUGAUUGAGGAUUAUAUCCCCUAAUGACAAAAUUCUGAGCACGUGAAAAUGAGUGACUUGAACUAAUCAACUUGAAAUAUAAAUAAAUUAAGACUUAUUAUUUAUAA